CCUCCUCCUCCUUGUCCGACUUUGUUGCUCUCCUGCCCCGCUAGCCCGUCUCCAGUCUCUCCGGGGAGCCGAAGAACAACUCGACAAACUCCCAGCCAUGGAAGGCGACAAUAUAAUAAUGCCUGUUUGACUCGGGGAGAUUUCCUUCCAAGAUGCCAGGCCUUUUGUCCAGUCCUGUGUGUCUAACAGUCAUCUGGUUUUUAUCUUGGUCGCUGCGUCCCAGUCGUGCUCAGAUUCAGACUGAUGAAGUGUCAGGCGUGCAGUACGGGCGCUUGGGUUCGAAUGUGACACUGGCUUGCGGGAAGUCACAAACCAGGAUCCCUGUGGUGUGGCAUCUCAACCAGAGCUCAGCGUUGCCAUGGCACAAAGUGACAUCAGAUGGAAGCUUAGUCCUGCUGCACACCGACCACUCAGCACAAGGCAACUACAGCUGCUAUGACAGCCAGGGGCUCCCCCUCCACUCUGUCAAACUCAGGCUGGGCCAUCCCCCUGGGCUGCUGAGCAUUUCCUGUCAAGUGCCCAAUCACACACAUGUUCGCUGCUCAUGGGUGGAUUCGGUGAAGACAUUCCUGCCAGCCAAGUACAAUGCCUCCCUCAGGGGGAAUGGUAACGCGUGGAUGCCGUGCAUUGUGGAUGUUACCCGCAAGCACUGUGAUGUAUAUCAUCCUCCGUUCUGGCAGACAAUCCAUACCGUGAGAGUCACAGAGACUAAUUUCCUGGGGUCCGAGACAACAUAUGGCCGGUUUAAGCUACACGAACUAUUGAAACCAGACCCUCCAGAGUCAGUGUUGGUGAAGGAGCUUGAAGGCUAUUCAAAGAGGCUCUAUGUCUCAUGGAACUCUCCUUCUUCCUGGCCACUGCAUGAUGCCUUCCCCCUUGUGUUUCACAUCAGAUACAAGCCACAGGGUUCAAUGUACUGGUCAGAGAUUUACUCUGAUGUUAGUCCAGUCAUCAUAUUUGACGCCUUGGCUGGCCACCUCCACCAAGUUCAGGUUCGAACACAUGACGAGGUGAACUCUGACAGCCAGUGGAGCGAAUGGAGUCCUCUUCUUCUCGUCAGGCCAUGGGAAGUCCACACCACCACUGAACCUACAGAGGAACCACUGCCAGAUGAUGAUGAUGAUGAUGAUUAUCCUGAAACGUCCACUGCAAAGUCACACAAUCCUGUAGCUGAGGACGAAGGUAAUUUGGGUUUGGUGAUUCUGCUGGUUUUGUUCUCCGUGGUCAUCCUCACCACCGUCCUUUCCCUCAUCUUUGUUGUGUGGGUGAGGCAAAGGCGGCGUGAUCAUUUGGCAAUACAGGAACUCGCGUCUAUGGUCAAGAUGAAGUCCAUGCCAAUCUAAUGUUCAUUUAAAGCAUCCUGUCCUCGUUGGCCCGUUCUAGGGCUCCCUCCGGAGAGUCAGCCUCUGCCUUCACCACUGUAGCAUGCUGGCCGUACAUACUCAACUACACUACCCAGAAUGCACCUGCCACAGUCCAUCCAGGACAACAGAAACUGACGUAUACAAAGGAACCUUGCAUAGUAGGGUGUAUUAGCUGACUGAAGGGUGCCUUUAGUGAGGUAUCCCUGGAUGUAUUCAGUGGACCCUUCUAAUGACACCACCCACAAUGCAUCAGCAGACUCCACCCUUGUGCACUGGGGGCAGAGUAAACAGAGACUACUCUGUUUCUCAAUGUUCACUUCAGCAACUUCUAUACAGUUCACUCUGCGUCAGGAGUUCACUCGCAACCGAUGCUGCUUCACGUGGACUGACUCCUCAGCCUCGCCGGAGAGGAGCGAUGUUUUUUAUUUUUGAACUUUUUAGCAACCCGUAAGGACAGGAAGUUCAGCUGCCAAACAGGAGAACAGACACAUUUCUGGGACAACUUUUUUUUCAUCGGUUUUCUCACCAAGAUGUCCUCACGUUCUUUUGUUUGUUUGUUUGUUUUGCUUCGCUGUGAGAUGUAACAGACUCAUGUGCGUCCGUUAUGACACCGACUGACCGACCGACUCAAUGCUGUGAAGGAAGCAUCACUUCUGCCAGUCUCUUCGUGUGCGUCUGGUGCCAAAGCAGCGACUAUGGGCAUUAUGGUCUCAGCUGAGGGGGCAACCUGUUACUGGCUCCUGACCUGAGGGAGGGAUAUGGAGUAAAAGGUCCAGGGCGGGUGGGUUGGGAUAUUUAGACUUUAUUUCAUUUAUGGCAAGUGAUUUUAUGUUGCAUGAUAUACUCGUUUUUGUUGUCUGAUGUCUUGUCUAGUUUCUUUUGUUUUACCUCUUUCUAUUCAUCCAUCCACUGUUCCUAAAUGUGUGUGCAUGGCAGACACACAUGCAGAGAAAGAGAGACAUUAGAAAAGAGACACUGGCCUUUCACAAACCACCAGCAUUAUGACAUUACAUGGAUACUUUCUUAGCUAGAGAAUAGUAAAAACCACAGUUUUUAGCUUCCCUUCCAAGACUCCAAAUAACAUCAGUAAAUUCCAUUUAAAGUCACUUUUAUGAAAGGUCAUACAGCAGCGUUUCUUAGAGAUUAAACACUGUUCAUUCAGGGAUAAAAGUGUAUGAAAAGAUGAUUUCUGUCCUAAAAUUCACACAAACAACCUUUAAAGAACAACUUGACACGAGGCUGAAAAUCAGCGUUCUGCUGUCUUCUGUGGUUGAAUGCUGCCACACCCGGCACCUUCGAUGGGUGGGGUGAGGUUUGGUGAGUUUGUUGCACCGGUUACCAAACAGUGAUGUCGCAAGGUCCUGGAGAACACCGUUCCAUCACUGGGACAAAAGGGAGAGGAUAAACCACUGGAGGUCAGCAAAAACAUGUUUUUCAGUGGGCGUGAAGCUACUAAAACCAAGAUGGCACACAGACAGCUGAACAGUAUGUAAUUUUACAAUGUUUCACAGUCAAAACAUACUUAACAAGACAGUGUCCACUGUAGGACUGAACUGGUUAUUUUCAUGACCAUUAAGUCUAUGGAUUAUUUCUUUCAAUAAAAUGUCAGAAAAUUGAGAGAAAAUUCAGUUUUUGACAUCUUCAGACUUAUUUUAUCUGAUCAGGCCAAAGAUUUUAAUAUUGAAUUAUCGGAAACUGGGAAAAGCAGCAAAUCGUCACAUUUGGUGAGCCAAAACAGGCAAAUACUUGGCAGCCUGUUGAUACAUGAUAAAAACAUUGAAUCAAAUAAAUCAGGAGGCGGCAGGUUUUGGGCUCUGCGGAGGCGACCAAAGUCCAUCCAUCCAUCCAUCCAUCAUCUGUACACAUUAUAUGUACGCCGCUUAAUCCUCUGCAGGGUCGCGGGGGGGCUGGAGCCUAUCCCAGCUGACUUAGGGCGAAGGCAGGGGACACCCUGGACAGGUCGCCAGUCUAUCGCAGGGCUGCGACCAAAGUCACUUCAGCUAAUUAAAUUUGGCCUAAAUGAGUGAGACCAAGCAAAUACUUGUUUAAUGAAAAAUAAAUAUCAAAAUAAUUUAGAUAAUAACACACUUCCCCGUCGCUCCCCAACACUUUUGUCAACUGGACACAUUUAAAGUCAGAGUUUGCGUCUUGUGUUAAUCAUCGCUCCAAGUCCGGUAAAUUGGGUUCUUAUUUCUCGGGAAGCAUCUGCACAUCGUUUCCAGUUAUUGGACCACGUUUUACAUCUCUGGCCGGCUCACUGCAGUUUGAGGUCUGGCAGAAGACGACGAAUAAUAUUAAACCGGCACAAACUCAAUAGCGUUCCACCGCUUCAGGGUUUGAACUUUAAUAAUCAAAAGUGUUGUUUAUCACCCACUGACUUUAUUGACAUUCAGCACUCAGGCUUUUGCGGCAUCAUUAAACUUAUUGUAACCCCCUUUUUUAACGUGAUAAAGCUACACAGUUGGUCAGACAGACUCAUCUCUGAUUAGACUGAUGUGACCUGCAGAUAAGAGUAAUGAGAAUAGGAAAACACACAUCACUGUUCACCACUUUAAAGACCAGAGAAGCAGAACGCACCCAGAAGCUUAAAAUAAAUAAUAAUUAAUGUGAUGAUAUUUUACUUUUCUGUUUCAUUUUGUUUUUUCUUACAUUAUUUUUUUUCAGUGGGUGUUUGACACAAAUCAACCACCGGAACAGUAGCAAUGAGCAGCUGCGACACAGUGUCGGUGUAGUCGAUUGUAGCGGUCGAUGAUGAGAACGUGUCCGUGGAGCCGUCGCUUAUCGGUCAGUUCUCUCAUGGCCGCCGAGUUCAUGUAGCUGAAUCAGAGCACGUUUGGUCGGUGGGUGCGGACGUGAGAUGAGCACAAACACAACUGAUUGACAAGAGCGACUCUCGCUCACUGUACUCGUGUGUUGCGUUCCACCGACUCUUGAAAAAAUGAAUGAUAUCUGGGCGGCCAGUGCGAACCGUAUGAAAAGCCCUGAAAUACCUCCAGUCGACUUCAUCUGUUUCGUAGUUUUGCUUUCGACAGCUGCAUCUACAAACCUUGUGUCCUGGCUGACUAAAACAUUUCUUGCUGUUGGUCUCUUGGUGACACUCUGUUGAUCCAAAGCUGUGUAGUUAUCAACUGAUUGAUUGAUUGAUUGAUUGAUUGAUUGACCGACUGAGUAGUUUGUAUCAGGAACACAAGGUGCAUCAAUGUCAAACUGUUCCCAGAACAGUUUGACAACUGUAUGUUCUCUCAAGCUAGCUCCACAUAUUAUGCAUGGAUCCAAUUGAAGCUUUUUUUUGUUGUAUAUUAUUGUAUAUCACACUUUAAAAAAAAGAAAACAUUUCAUGUAUGUUAUUAUAAGUGAUGUUUAUAUGUAGAGAAAAAAAAAACAUAUUCUUUGGGAUUGUUUUGCAGACAUGGUUUAACUCUUAAUUUUUGUUUUGAUUUGUAAUAGACAAAUUAUUACAGUUCAUCAUAUUAUUUACACUUCAAUGAUGAAACCCAUUCGGCAAAAAAAAGAAUAUAAGAAAAAAAAUCUGAGAAAAUGACUUUAUAUAUACAACUGUACCUUCUGUAAUUCCAGAUUUUCCCACAGGAAAUGAUGUGUUGAGUUGAUUAUCCAUGUCUGGAGAACCUUCCCAUCAUUGUGUAUUUGUGUCUGUCCACCCAGUUAUAUGAAGCUGUGUUACUGUACGAUUACUGUAUGGACAGUGUGUUUACUGAUGUCGUCUUCGUCCAACUUGCUUUACUUUAGUGUUCAACUUCAUUUCUAAGCAGUCAGAUGAAAGACGAAUUAGUGGUUGUUGUUUCUUUUUUUCAGUACUUCUUGAACUCCCAUGGCAACAUUCACCAACAAAGUUAAACUGUUUAAUCUUCUAAUUAUAUCAGACAGAGAGCUCUUAACUUUCUGUUUGAAAGUGGAGAGAAUUGUGUGUAGAUAGAUAUCAGGAGGGUGUGAGCCAGACAUCUUUCAGAGCUUGUGUAAACAAAACGGAACAAAAAAAAAAAAAAAUGACAUGCAGUUUCGCUUUAACAAAACCUAAACAGUCCAAAUGACACCUGCUAUUCAUUCUUUCAAACUGGAUUUAAAAAAUCGAAAUUUAGCGAUGGAUGAGUUGGUAGUCACUGAAUCUUCGGUUGUUUUUAUCCCCCAAAUAAUAAAGGUGAAAGCACGUCUGUUGUUCGACUCGUCUGCUCGCUCAAGCUGUUGCUAAUGCUGUUAAUGCUAUUAACACUGCUUACCCUCGCUAGUGAAUGUUAAUGUUAGGCUAACUAGCUUACACUAUAAUGAUUCUGAAUUGAUAGUUUUAAAGAUGUUUUCUGGUUGCUAAUGCUAGCUAGCUAACAUUAACAUCGCUAACGUUAGCUAAUGCCACAUGUUCUAGUUUAUUAUUUUUUUUAGCUUGGUUUAAAGUUUUUCUCCAAUAAACUGGCAACUACAAAGACUUUUGAUCAAUGAGGAAACGCAUAUACAGUAUAUCAUGAUUCAUAAUUCACAAUCAUAAAUAUGUGCAAUAUUUUGAUUUUGUACCUUUCUCCAAGCUCUCUGGAUUUAUUAUUUUUUAAAUGAUUUGUCCAUACAAAAAUGUAAUCAAUAUCUUAAAAAGUUGCUAAUUUCCUUCAGUGCAUUAUAGCUUAAUUAAAUGAAUAUUUCCAGGCCUUCCCAGACCUUCACGGUCUGCUUGAAGUGUCUUUAACAUGACCUGCUCGCUCACUGUAACUAACAGUACUUUACAAGCUAUUUAAUACGAGAGAACUCUAUAAGUCAUUUUAAAAUAUAGGAAAAAAUAAAACCCAGAGUGCUUUAACUAGUAUAAGGGGAUCCAUUUUCCUCACUAUUGCAGGGUUUCACAACGUAACAAAGUUAAUAUUUUUCCAAUCUAAACAGCAAAAUAAAAGUCAUAUUUUUCUCUCUCAGUAAAACAAAAGAAAAAAAAGUUUUCAUGAUAUAUAGUCAACAAGGUCAGAUUUUAUAAAUCAUCAGAAUUUCAUGUGGGACAAGUGCAGUCUAGUCGUCAUCAUGUAUUUGUGUGUAACGUGUAACCUCUGACUGCCACCUCCUCUGUUUCACUCUAGCGGCGUCUUCUCUGUUCUUGUGGUAUUUGCAGUCUUUCUUUGUUCCUCUGCAGUAUGUGAUGGCAGGUGGAGCCUGUUGGUUUCAGUUCUUAUGACUCAAAUUACACUCAGGCAUCCAUUCUCAGAUGUACAUAGUCCUUUUUUUUAAAUGCUUAAUGUGUACGACAGAUAUCACCAUAAGCUGUUUUAUUUCUUCCUGUCCUUGUAUGUCUGUGAAAUAAAUACUAUUUUAUCACA